AUGCUUAAAGCUAUUCUUGUCUUAUUUUUAAUCACAUCGUUAUAGGGUUCAAAUAUUAGAAGGCACCACAAUAAUAUAAAAAGCUAGGAAGGGUUGUAAUCAAUUUUAGCAGAAAAUAAACAAAACAUUAAGAAAUCAAAUGAAUAAUAAAAGAACUUAGUAGGUGAUUUAGAAAACAAUGAAGAGAAUUAAGUAGGGUAAUUUGAAAAGGACAGCUUAUUAUAAAAAGGAAGCUCUAAAAAAUAAAAUAAAAAGAAUGUAAAAGAAGAAUCAAUUAAAGAGGUUGACAGAGAAGAAAUUCAAUUGAUUGAAGAAAUGUAAAUAAAAGGAAAUGAAAAGAAGACUAAAAAACAUACAAAUGUUGAAAAAUAAAAAGAUAAAAAAAAACACUAAACAUUAUUAGAAGAAAAUGUUGUAGCUGAUGGAAGAGCUAGAUCAAACGAAGAAUGGAUGCAAAAGAUCGCUAACGAUGUUGCUACCAUUAAAAUGAACAUCAAAUCAUAAUUAGAUGCUGAUCAUAUUGCUUUUGUUGAGGAGAAUGUUGUUGCUGAUGGAAGAGCUAGAUCAAACGAAGAAUGGAUGUAAAAGAUCGCUAAUGAUGUUGCUACCAUUAAACAAAAUAUCAAAUCCUAAUUAGAUGCUGAUCAUAUUGCUUUUGUUGAAGAGAAUGUUGUUGCUGAUGGAAGAGCUAGAUCAAACGAAGAAUGGAUGUAAAAGAUUGCUAAUGAUGUUUCAACAAUUAAACAAAACAUCAAAUCAUAAUUAGAUGCUGAUCAUAUUGCUUUUGUUGAGGAGAAUGUUGUAGCUGAUGGAAGAGCUAGAUCAAAUGAAGAAUGGAUGUAAAAGAUUGCUAAUGAUGUUUCAACAAUUAAACAAAAUAUCAAGUCUUAAUUAGAUGCUGACCACAUUGCUUUUGUUGAAGAGAAUGUUGUUGCUGAUGGAAGAGCUAGAUCAAACGAAGAAUGGAUGUAAAAGAUCGCUAACGAUGUUGCUACCAUUAAAAUGAACAUCAAAUCAUAAUUAGAUGCUGAUCAUAUUGCUUUCGUUGAGGAGAAUGUUGUUGCUGAUGGAAGAGCUAGAUCAAAUGAAGAAUGGAUGUAAAAGAUUGCCAAUGAUGUUUCAACAAUUAAACAAAAUAUCAAAUCAUAAUUAGAUGCUGACCACAUUGCUUUCGUCGAGGAGAAUGUUGUUGCUGAUGGAAGAGCUAGAUCAAAUGAAGAAUGGAUGUAAAAAAUUGCCAAUGAUGUUUCAACUAUUAAAAAAAACAUUUAACAUUAAAUGAAUGGUACUGAAUUUGUACAAUAAAACCAUAUUGACAGUGCUUUAGUAGACGAAUAGUAGCCACAAUCAUAAGAUUACUGGUCUUAAAAACUAAAAGAAGACAUAAAUAAGAUUAAAUAGGAUGAUUCUAAUAAAAAAUUGGAAUGAUUUAUUCAAAUAACAUUAAUAAAACCAUAAUUUUUCUAUCUAAUAU